CUUCUUAGUGCUGCAGUCUCUUCCUGUGCUAGGAAAGAGCCACCCUUCUCACACUCUGGCCUAGCGAUGCCCACCGUUGCCACUCGUAGUUUUGUCUCCUCGAGCGGAGGCUCCUUUCGGGGCCCUAGCCUAGGAGGAUCCUCCCGCAUGUCCAUGGCGAGUGGUGGGGGCCGCCAGAUGACCGUCGCCCGGGCUGCCAGCAUGUAUGGGGGUUCAGGAGGAUCUAAUGUGCGCAUAUCCACUGCGGGGAGCAGUGGUGGAGCCUUUGGCUUCGGAGCUGGUGGGGGUGGGGGUGGAGGCUUUGGCUUCGGAGCUGGUGGGGGUGGAGGCUUUGGCUUCGGAGCUGGUGGAGGUGGAGGUGCAGGCUUUGGCUUCGGAGCUGGUGGCGCAGGUUUUGGUGGGGGCGAUCUGGAACUUCAAGUGUCAGGCAAUGAGAAAGGCACUAUGCAGAACCUGAAUGAUCGUCUGGCAUCCUAUCUGGAGAAGGUGCGCUCUCUGGAAAAGGCCAAUGCUGACCUGGAGCUGAAGAUCAGGCAGUUUCUGGAUAACAAAACCUCCCCAACUGCUCGAGAUUAUUCUGCAUAUGAGGUCACCAUCCAGGAGCUCCAUGGCAAGAUCCAAGAGGCUACCAAGGACAAUGGCAGUAUCUACCUGAGCAUUGACAAUGCUAAACUGGCAGCAGAUGACUUCAGAACGAAGUAUGAGAAUGAAUUAACCAUGCGUCAGUCGGUGGAGGGAGACAUUGCUGGACUGAAGCGACUCUUAGAUGAGCUCACACUGGGCAGAUCAGACCUGGAGGUGCAGAUUGAAGGCCUUAAGGAGGAAUUAAUCUACCUGAAGAAAAACCAUGAGGAGGAGCUGGCAGCUUCGCGUACUCAGAUGACAGGGAAAGUAAAUGUGGAAGUGGCAGCAGCACCUGGGGAAGAUCUGAACCGAACCCUGGAAGAGAUUCGCGAGCAGUACGAAGCAGUUGCCGCUAAGAACCACCGUGACCUAGAGGCCUGGUUCCAAACAAAGACUGAGACCCUGAACAAGGAGAUGGCUGCCAGCACAGUAAAUCUUGAAACGUCCAAGUCAGAAGUCACUGAGAUCAGACGCACUCUGCAGGGCCUGGAGCUCGAGCUACAAUCCCAACUGAGCAUGAAAGCUUCGCUGGAGGGCACUCUAGCAGACACUGAGGCGCGCUACGCCAUGAAGCUAGCUGGGUUUCAGGCUCAAGCCACAAGCUUGGAGCAGCAGAUGAUGGAGCUCCGAGCUGACAUAGAGAGGCAAGAUCAGGAGUACAAGAUGUUGCUGGAUAUCAAAACUCGGCUGGAGAUGGAGAUCGCAGAGUACAGACGGCUCCUGGACGGAGAGAGUGUCAGUGCCAGUGUCAGUGGUGGCGGUGGUAUCCACACUUCUGUGAAGGUGAAGACCAUUGUGGAAGAGAUGGUAGAUGGGAAGGUGGUGUCCUCCACCACAACCGAAUAACUCAAAAACGCUACGCUUAACACCAUAACACCUUCAUUUUUACCACCAACAUCCAUGAGAGCAGCAGACGCGCCCUACAUGUGACAAACGACACUGAUAUGAAAAAUAAAUUGUCUCUUAUACAACGAA